CCGCUGCUCUCAGGCUAUGUAGACGAAGCGAAUCGCACUGAUAACAAUGGACUUCAAACUGUGUUGAAUGAGGUGAUCGAUUGGGUCACACAACACCCACCUAAAGAGAAAGAGAUCCCCAAAGCUUUAGCACGCUUGGCUUGUGUGAUGUCUGUCCAAAUUAAGAGACAAGACGAAGCCAUGGGGAGGGCCCAAGAACAAAUACGGGCACAAAUGAAGGAAAUUGAUGAUCUCAAAGAGGAGCUGGGAGGCACUGAAAGGGCUCUACAGCAAGCUCGAGACCGUUUGGAUGAGAUGCAAGCAGAGCCUUCAUCCCAACAUGAUCAAAACCCUUCCUUAGUAACCCAAAUCUCAGACUUGCAUGACACCAUUGAGGAAAAGGAAGCUCAGCUUUCGGACGCUAGGUCCACCAUUCAUGAACAAUUACAGGAGUUGUCAAGAGUGAAAUGCAACCUAGAUCAGUCCUCAACUGAUGCAAGGGACUGGAAGGCCCAGUUUGAAAGCAAAAGGGUGGCCCUCGAAGCAGAAGAGAGACAUUCUGCUAAUCUAAAGCAAAUGCUCCUCGAGACUCAGAGGAAACUUAGUCUGGGUCAACCCCAGCAAGAUCAGAGCGGGCGAAGCUCGCCAAGCAGUCAACAGACGCUUCCAUUCCCUACCUUUCGACCGAGUCGUGUCCUCAGGUCGAUCAAGUCCGGAUGA